GCGCUACGGCGCACGCGCACCAACGCCGUCCUGCCCACCGGGUGACGCAAAGUGCACGUAGGCGGAGACAGCUUCUCGGCUUCUGCUGGGGUUUGCUUCCACGCGUUAAGGCUCUGUUAACGCCGACGGGGGCUGGAGAGCUAGGCGCUCGGUGUGUGGUCGCUGUCUGCCUCCGGCAACGCCACUACCUCUCCGGAGGGGCCGUGCAGGCGGCUACAUAGUUCCCAGCAGACUGAGAAAUGAGAAAAAUACCAAACCAUGGGACCCUGCGGAUGACGAAGGUGGCAUAUCCCCUCGGACUGUGUGUGGGCCUGUUCAUCUAUGUCGCCUAUAUCAAGUGGCACCGGGCCUCUGCUGCCCAGGCCUUCUUCACCAUUGCUGGGGCUGCCUCCGGGGCACGGUGGACCCAGCAGGCCUUCAGCUCCCCAGGCUCAGCUACACGUGGUCAUGAGGUCUUCUAUGGGAUCAUGUUUGAUGCUGGGAGCACCGGCACCCGCAUCCAUGUCUUCCAGUUUGCCCGGCCACCUGGAGAAACUCCCACCUUGACCCAAGAAACUUUUAAAGCACUGAAGCCUGGGCUUUCUGCUUAUGCUGAUGAUGUUGAAAAGAGUGCUCAGGGGAUCCAGGAGCUUCUCAAUGUUGCUAAGCAACAUAUUCCAUAUGAUUUCUGGAAGGCCACCCCUCUGGUUCUCAAGGCCACAGCUGGUUUGCGCCUGCUGCCAGGAGAAAAGGCUCAGAAGUUGCUGCAAAAGGUGAAGGAGGUGUUCAAGGCAUCGCCCUUCCUUGUAGGGGAUGACUGUGUUUCCAUCAUGAAUGGCACAGAUGAAGGUGUUUCGGCAUGGAUCACUGUCAACUUCCUGACAGGCAGUCUGAAGACCCCAGGAAGCGGCAGUGUGGGCAUGCUGGAUUUGGGCGGAGGAUCCACUCAGAUCACCUUCCUCCCACGUGUCGAGGGUACCCUGCAGGCCUCCCCACCCGGCCACCUGACAGCGCUGCAGAUGUUUAACAGGACUUACAAGCUGUAUUCCUACAGCUACCUGGGGCUGGGACUGAUGUCGGCACGACUGGCUAUCUUGGGUGGUGUGGAGGGGAAACCUGCUGAGAAUGACAAGGAACUGGUCAGCCCCUGUUUGUCUCCCUGGUUCAGAGGAGAGUGGGAGCAUGCGGAGGUCACCUAUAGGAUUUCAGGAGAGAAGGCAGUGGGCCUCUAUGAGCUGUGUGCCAGCAGAGUAUCUGAAGUCCUCCGGAAUAAAGUACACAGGACAGAAGAGGCACAGCACGUGGACUUCUAUGCGUUUUCCUACUACUAUGAUCUUGCAGCCAGCUUUGGCCUUAUAGAUGCAGAGAAAGGAGGCAGCCUUGUAGUUGGAGACUUUGAGAUAGCAGCCAAGUAUGUGUGCCGCACCCUGGAGACACAGACACCAAGCAGCCCCUUUGCCUGCAUGGACCUCACCUACAUCAGCCUACUGCUCCAUGAGUUUGGUUUUCCCCGGGACAAGGUGCUGAAGCUGGCUCGGAAAAUUGACAAUGUUGAAACCAGCUGGGCUCUGGGAGCUAUUUUUCAUUACAUCGACUCCCUGAAGAGACAGAAGAUUCCUGCUUUGUAGCAGCCGAGCCCUAGCCCCCGCCCCAACCAGAAUUCCAAGGCUCCCAACUCCAUGGACCCCUCUGUCUUGGAAAUGACACCAUCCUUGAGGAGCCUGCAUCUGGUGGAGACCCUCUGUGCCUGCAGUGUCAUCUGCAGAUUUGCCUGGGACAUGGCCCAUAUACUAGCCCUGCUACACCACACUAGCUGGGGCAGGGCCAGGGUAGGAAUGCUGCCUGGCCUGAGGCCAUCUCCCUGCCUUACCUCCACAUGGGCAGGGAGCCAGAUGGGGCCCAGGGUGUAUGCUAAGGUAGAGAUGCAGCCCUGUUCUAGCCCGUCCGUGUGCAGGAUUGUGGCUGCUUUUAUGUGUUUCUGUGACAUGAGUCUUGUUUUGUCGCCCAGUCCCUGUUCCCUCAUGAGCCAGGCCUCUCUGCCUUCUCAGAGUUGUGGGAAAUGAAGUAAGCUGGCCCAGACAGUGCAACUUCAAAGGGAGCGCAUCUUGAAUGUGGCCAUCUCUUCCUCAGAAUAGAUAUGUGAAGUUACCUGGAGAUUUGCUGUCCCACCUUUGAAUGGUAUAGCAUUAAUUGAUGUGGGGACACUGAGUAGGAAGAAGAUGGGACAGUGCCUCUUUGCAGACCCUGUGUGCCACCUUUGCAGGGCAUGUGGGUGUGAGCAGAGCUAUGAGAAUGUUCAGAGCCAUGUGCUCAAGUACUACCUUGUGAGCUGUGAGUGCUUUACGUUAAAACUGAGCCCUUCUCCUGGACACAAGUAUGUCCCAGUGAAUGUAUUACUGCUAUGAGCCACUUGCAGACCAGUGGGGCGAUUAGAAAGCUCAGCCCUGGAACCAUAUUACCCCUUACCUUACCCUCCUCACUCGGCUGCAGCUGGCUUCCCCGUGGUCCCCUCAGUGAAUGUACAGUUCAGAGAAUAAGCUGAGCCACCACUCUUCAACUCGAAAUAAAGGUUUACAAGGGUUUCUC